AUGGCUCCAGUUAAAGAAGAAUUAAGUUCAGGAAGUAUUACACCUACUUUACCUGACUCCAUUCCAUUAGGAGAAUAUUUAUUCCUUAGAAUUCUUCAAUCAAAUCCAAAAUUAAAAUCAAUCUUUGGUAUUCCAGGAGAUUUUAAUGUCGAUUUAUUAGAACAUUUAUAUACUGAUUCCAUUACUAACCAAAAGGUUAAAUUCAUUGGAUUAUGUAAUGAAUUGAAUUCAGCUUAUGUGGUUGACGGAUAUUCUAGAAUCAUUCAAGGUUUAACCGUAUUGAUUACCACAUUUGGAGUGGGUGAAUUAAGUGCAUUAAAUGGUAUUGCCGGUUCAUUUGCAGAAUAUUCUCCAAUUUUACAUAUUGUGGGUACCACUUCAUUAAAACAAAGUUCUCAAGCUCAUGAUGGAGUUUAUGAUGUUGAUGUUAAGAAUCAUCAUCAUUUAAUUCAAUCUAAAAAUUCCUUGAAUCAUGCUAAUCAUGAUGUUUAUAAACAAAUGGCAGAACCUGUUUCGGUUAUUCAACAAUCUUUAGAUGAAAAUUUAUCCACUAAUUUAGAUAAGAUUGAUAAAGUUUUAACUACUAUUAUUCAAGAACGUAGACCAGGUUAUUUAUAUAUCCCUUGUGAUAUAACUAAUAUGUUGGUCCCUACACAAAGAUUAUUUGAAACUCCUUUAAAGACAAAUUAUUCUAUGACAUCUAAAUCUAUUGAAGUUAUGGAUGAUGUGGUUGAUACUAUUCUUGAUAAAUUAUAUAAAAGUACCAAUCCCUCUAUCUUUGGUGAUUGUUUGGUUUCAAGAUUUGGUUUAGAUGAUAAAUUCAAUCAAUUCAUAACUUCAUUACCUUCAAAUUUAGUUAAAUUAUUUUCAUCAAAUUUAAGUAGAAGUAUCGAUGAAGAUUUACCUAAUUAUCUUGGAUUAUAUUUCGCUAAUGGAUCAUCCUCAGCUAUAAUCAAACAUGAAUUUGAAUUAAAUACUGAUGUGUUAUUAAAUUUUGGAUUCUUCAAUUCUGAAACUACAACAGGUGGGUAUCAUUGGGAUUUAACUCAUAUUCAUGAUUAUAUUGAAAUCCAUCCUGAUUAUAUUAAAAUCAAUGGGAAAUUAAUCAUGAUUAAAGAUUUCACCACUAAUGAUAGAUUAUUCUCUAUGGGUGAUUUAUUAGAUGAAUUAUUAAAAAGAUUAGAUACGACAAAAUUCAUCAAUAUUAAUCGUGAUAAUAUUGGACAUAAGAAAUUUUAUCCAGAAACUCAAUGUAUCCCUCCCACUGAUGAUCUUUAUAUUCCUCAAACUAAAUUAAUCGAUCAUUUAAAUCAAAAUUUACAACCAAAUGAUGUAUUAAUAAUGGAUACCAUGUCAUUUUCAUUUGCAUUACCUGAUAUUAAAUUCCCAUCGGGAGUUAAAAUGGUUACCCAAAAUUAUUAUGGAUCAAUUGGAUAUGCUUUACCAAGUACAUUUGGAGUAACUAUGGCCAUUAAUGAUUUAGAAUUAUAUGAUAGAAGAAUCAUUCUUAUUGAAGGGGAUGGAGCUGCUCAAAUGACUAUUCAAGAAUUAUCCACGUUUGUCAAAUAUCAUGAGUACAUUAAGAAUUAUCCAAAGAUUUUCUUAAUUAAUAAUGAUGGAUACACGAUUGAAAGAAUGAUUAAAGGUCCAACUAGAUCUUAUAAUGAUAUCAAUGGACAAUGGGAUUGGUCUAAUAUCUUGAAAGUUUAUGGAGAUCCUCAUGAAAAGUACCAUAAAGGUUAUAAACUUCAUAAUUUAAAAGAAUUCAAUCAAUUCUUUAAAGGUCAACAAAAUUAUGGCACAAGAUUUGAUAAUUCGAAAUUGGAAUUCUUUGAAUUAACCAUGGGUAAAUUCGAUGCUCCUGAAAGAUUCAGAAGUUUAUUCCUUAAUAAGUAG